UGUAAAGACUGUUUGUGUCAUGGCGCUCUCGUAACCCGGGUGACGGACUAAGGCAGGUACCCGUAAUGAUACGAUGGCCUGUUUAUCUAGCAUGGAGUAAGCGAGGAAGAGUGGUCAGUGAAUGGUCUCUAAGUGUGGGCACUGUAAACAAUGUCCAAAAUCAAGUUAUAUAUACUCUGUUUAAUACCGAUGGGCUCGUUUUCAUCAAAUAAUUUUGCCUUUAUAUGUGUGUGAAAUCGAUAGUUCAGUGUUUGUUGAUACCAUUCGGGUUUAGCAGUACUAGGUUUCCCCUUGCUCAAACGGGUUUACAAAUCUUACGUUGAGCGGUAGGAACAAAACGGAUUUUUGUGCAAGUAGGCUGUUCUACCAGGACCACUGUUUGACUCUCAUUUUGUGACAAGGCAGAAUCUCUUCCUGGACGCUGAUUGGCUCGUGUUGCAUUGUCUGCACGACGAAAUAGUCCACUACUGCGAUAGCAGCAAUCCGUCACCAAAGGCAGAUAUAAACCGAUAGUGCCAUCUUCGUGAUUUCAGAAAAUAUCGCUGAGGAAAUGCGCACUGUGAGAAUUUUCCACUGCACUGACAGUGAAUGAUACUUAAUGAGAAGAGUGGGCACCUGCUCUGCGUAUUCAACUACUGGAAGUCAGUAAAGGAGAUUUGAGCUAACGAUCACGGACAGUUAUCUCUGUGUAAUCCGAAUAAGACGGGGUUGGAAUCUCAGAAAUACGGCACCGUAGACACACAGAACUGUGCAGCUUUACCUUUAGAUUGUGCAGGCAUUGGCAACAGCUUAGAAGGAAGUAAACAAAUUUUAACAUUGCUUUCAAGAAAGGGGGGACUUAAAUGUCUUCUCUUUAUUGCUAAACAGAGCGUUGCGUACAUUAUACUUUAUUGCGCCGUCGCUUCAUAACCAGUAUCAAAGAAGAUGGCAACGACGAUGUCUGCUAUUAAUGCGACAUUAAAUGCCACAGAGGCCCCCUACCAGGCGUUAUGUGCGGCAGGGCAUGAUCCAGCUCCUUCUCCAAUUCCUACUGGAGUGAGAAUAUUCCUGGGAGUCUUACUCAGUAUCAUAGACUUGGCUGUAAUAUUGGGCAACUUGCUGGUCGUUAUCGCAAUUUUGAAGUUCGAACAAUUAAGAAGCAAGAUCACAAACUAUUUUAUCGUUUCUCUUGCUAUAUCAGAUAUGUGUGUAGGGGUAUUUGUUCUCCCUUUUGCUGCCAUCCAGGACUUGCUCGGCAACUGGCCAUUCGGUCAUUAUUGCCUUACUUGGGUGAGUUUUGAUGUCAUGAUGUCAACUGCAUCCAUUCUUAAUCUUUUGAUGAUCGCCGUCGAAAGAUACAUAGCUGUGACUCGCCCAUUCCAUUAUCACGAAAUCGUGACCAACAAGACUGCCGGAAUCAUGCUGGGUGUUGCUUGGAUUGCCUCUGGCAUGGUUUCCUUCAUCCCUUUACAACUAGAAUGGUUUUACUUCGAAGGGGACUACAGGUGGCACCAGUGGGCCACGGAUCAAGCUCUUGGACCUCUAUGUAAAUUGGCGUUCAACCCAUAUUAUGCUAUUAUCUCGUCGAGUAUCAGUUUCUACGUCCCUCUUAUAAUGAUGACAUUCCUGUACGGCAGAGUCUUUGCCAUCGCUCGCAGACAAGCCAAGCAAAUUGCAGACAUGGACAAAGCGAUGGCUAAUGUCCGCAAAGAUGGAAAGGGAACUAAACGUUCAGAAAAUAAAGCCACCAAAACCAUGGCAACUGUCAUGGGGGUAUUCAUUUUGUGCUGGUUGCCGUUCUUCAUCUUGAACUGUCUAUUAGGCUGGGACCCUGAAAUGCUACUGUGUAAACUAAAUCCCAACUUUAUGGACAUAUUUUCUUUCUUCGUCUGGCUGGGCUGGAUAAACUCGGUGUUCAACCCGUUUAUUUAUUCACUGAACCCAAGUUUCCGAGCGGCAUAUAGGAAAAUAUUGUGUCGCUGCUGUGGCAAGGGACAAUCGAGAGCCAGAGGUUACUACGAAGACUAUACAGUCAGCACUGUCGGUUGAACCUUCAAGAAGAACACUUUGGAUUUUUCAAAACACAACCAGCGGUCAAAUUGACAAGCGGCUUCUAUUAAUCACUGCUCAAGUUUGUCACCAACCUAAAGACAACAGAAGGCCAACCGACCUUAAACAUUAUGUACUCAUAAUGAGAGCGCGUCGAACACUAACUUAUUUUCAACGUGCAAAGUUCCUGUGGAUUGCGAGAAAAGAGAGUAUCUGUACUUGCUAGACAUUGCUAUCCGCAUUACGAAAAUUAUUCCAUCAAUGAUGUUGGCAUAUUGGAUGGAAACGAGAGCACCAUUUCCAUAAUGAUGAUUUGUGAUUGACUUUGACAGAUAAUGCCUGGUUGUAUUUUACGGUAAUAUGAGGUAAUAUACUGAAGACGUGUUAUAACUAUACUAUACGGUGAAAAAUCUCCAGGAAAAAGUUUUUACCUAGCAUUGUCGAGUGUCUACACAUGUAUUGAAGACCUGCACAAAUGGUGUGGCGGAAACCGUAUAAAAUGACACUAUGAGCUAACAAGAAUUCUAUUGCCUAUAGCCAAAUGCUUAUUGUAGAAAACUAACUGGACAAGUAAUUAAUGUAAAGUCUAUUGUAAAAUAUCUGAAUGAAAUCUGCUUAAAAUGACACUAUGAGCUAGCAUGUUACGUGCUAGGUUCAUGCAUUUUAUUGCCUGUAGCCAAAUGCUUAUUGUAGGAAACUUACUGGACAAGUAAUUUAAAUUCUAUUGUAAAAUACCUUAACCUUGACUUGCACUGUAAGAAUGUUAUUUGGCACAUAAACUCCAAUAUAUUUAAGCAAUAAACAAUGA